CAACCAAUGCCAUAGCAGAAGGGUCUUCAAAAAUCUCAAGGCUGUAGUCACCCAAUGAGUAGUAGCUGUCAUGAUUCCAAUUAUUAGACAUUAGAGAAUGGAAAUGAAGUUUCAAAUGAAAAACAUAGCUAAGAGUCAAGUUCACAAUGGAAAAUUACUAUUAUAAGAAUAUCCAUAACUAAAUGACAUGCUACAAAGUAUACAUGUCUGAAACCAGUUUCUCAUCUACUGCUUACGAGACAAAGCAAUCAUCGGAUAGUAACAGCAUGUAACUAUAAAACCCAAAAAGGCAACAAAAAAAAUAGGACCAACCUAUCCGAAGUCACCAACAGGACCGGUAGACAGCGAUCAUUCUCCAUACGAGAUUGUCAUGGUACAUUGAAGCUGAGACUGUUGAAUCAUCGGUCUGAAUGGCACUCUUCAAGAUUUCAAUGUUGAUUAAGACUAGCUUAGGCUGCCAAGUGGAACAAGAAACAAAGACAAAAACAAAACCAAGCCAUCAUUACAGAGUGAAGAAAGUAACUCUAUAGCUAUCAAAAUGUUCCCAAACAAUACAUAAUACAAUGUAACUUAUCAAUUCCAUUACCUGGAAGAAACCAAUCUCUGCAGCUUGUGACAACAACUCUGUCAUUAGCAAAGGCCAGUCAGUACACGAAUUCGCCAACGUUUUCGAAAACCCACUAGUUCUAUUUAUAUGCGCAAUGGCAUUGCCCCUCCAACCCUGCUGCAUCUUUAUAACCUCUUUAGCCAGUCUCAACGCAAAGGUCAUCUCUCUACAGUAACUAGCCUCCUCUACAGACAAGCUACCACCGCCUUUCUCAUCCAAUCCAACCAACAAAUCAAUCUCAUCGGCAUUUUUGUUAUUAAUAGUAAUUCUUUAAAAAAAAUGUUUAUAUUUAUUUUUAUUUUAUUAAAAACUAUACCACAACUUAUACAUCAAAAAGGCUACCGGUCGUCAAUUUUAAUAAAAUGGUAAAUCUUGUUUUUACUGCAAAACUUACCACAUAAAAUUACAGUUUUUACUAUAUAAUUUUUAGUGCAAGUUACAUCGAAUUGUAAUACAUAUUACAACUCGACUUCAAUACUACAUGUCACCAAUCAGAACCGUAUACUGCCAUUUUUUUAACCCAGAUGUAUACUGCUACUUAUAGAUAGUAUUUACUAUUUAGGAUUUAGAGUAGGAUUCAUUCAUUUUUUAAUUUAUAUGAGUUUUAGAUUUUAUUUUGACAUAUUAUUUGAUGUUUGUCUUUAAAAGUUUAUGAUUUAUAAUUUAGAGCUUUAGGGUUUAGGUUAUAUGUUUAGGGUUUAAAAUUUGGAAAGGGGUAAAUUUGAGUUUCUUUUGAAAUUUAUUAUAUAUGCUGAAUUUUUUUCUAACAUAUCAUUUGAUGUGUAUUUUAAUAAUAUGGUCAUACAUUAAAAGUUUAAGGUAUAAAUAAAGUUUAAAUUUUCUAUGAAUAGACACAAAUUAAGUUGUGUCUACAUCCACGAAAUAAAUCGUAGCUAAUAGUGGAUUUUGAUUUCCACAACUUGUUUUUUAGCUAAUCGUAUCUUAUUUUCUUCAAAUAUCUACAAAAUAUAAAUCGUAAAUAUUUAACCACAAAAAUCUACGCAAUAACCACAAAUUUUGGGUUUUUAAAAUCUGUAGCUUGUUUGUGGCUAUUUGUGACUUCAAAAUUACAGCCAAGAAAUUUUUGUAGCUAAUUCGUAGCUAUAUUCUAUUUUUCUUGUAGUGCAACGACAUCUCAAGAACCCUAUAUAUAAGAGUCAUUAACGAAUUCAUUACAUAUACAAACCUAAAAAGACCCUACAUUUCUCUAAUCCAUAAGGAAUUUAGCAAAAAAAAAAAAAAACAAUAAGAAGAGUAUGAUGAAGAUACAAUUACUGCUCGUGAUUAUCUUAGUUGUUAUUUUCGUUGUUGUCUUGGACGUUACGCAAGUUGAGGCCAUGAGGCCUUUCCCGGAGGCCGUUGAUGAGAUCAGUCUACUGUUGUUUCAGGCGCUGCAAAGAGGCCCAGUCCCUGGCUCUGGUCGGAACGGUUGCACCAAUAUUCCUCGCGGCUCAGGAAGGUGCCGCCGCGGCUAGAGCUGUCAUACGAAUCUUCUCCCACUUCAUUAUUCGUUGAUUCUUUUUUUCCCACGU